ACACAAAAACUUUAUUAAAAAUUUUCACUGUUGUUCCACUCAAAGUCUAAGAAAAAUCUGAAAAUUUUGUGAAAAAUAAAACCAAGUCCUUUUUUGUUUGCAUUAAAAAUGCUUCCCAAAUGUUGUCUUUUGCGUUAAUUGUCUAAUGGAAGUAAUAUAUUUUUCUAAUUGGAUAGAAUCCUAAAGCAGAUGCUAUCAACCGCAAUAAGUUUUUAACAUUGAUCGAAUUUCUUAUCAGAAAAAUAGAAAAUUGAUAAUUUAUGUAAAGAAAAAGUAUCUGCACCGCAUCGCAAUGAAUAUAGUUUAUUUAGCAGUCCUCUGCCUGUCGAUGGCCUUCGUCAACAGCACUGAUGUCAUCAACAGCCUGGCUGGUGGAAUCGCCAACAGCAACAGUGCUUUAACUCGCAACGAAAAAACCCCCCUGAACACCAGAAAUGUUCCGCCCCUUUGCCCGAAUAUGUUCAAUCACGUCUUCAGUGGCUAUGUCCCGCGAGACGGCACCGAGGCAGGCAACAUGACGGACGUGAAGCUUGACGGCGAGGUCAAUCUGUACAAGUGCGUUAUGUCGUGCUGCGAAAAGAAGAACCACACCUGCAAUGUGGCGUUUGUCUAUAAGCAGACGUGCUACCACGUGAGGUGCAACAGCAAUGUAGCCUGUUUGCCGAAAGAGAGAGGCGACGCCAAGGGUCCGCUCGAGAUGGUCUUGAUCAACCCCGUGGCCGGACAGCCUGGCGAGGAUGAAGUCACUUGGAUGGACGUGUUGAAGAGAGAAAAGUUGAGCGAAUUCAUUCCUGAGGAAGAAACAGCUGCGAAUCCCCUCAGUUUCUGGAAGCAAUCGGGUAAGUUUAGGUAUGACUCAUCGCCGCCAGUUUACGAAGACGAAUACAUGCCAGUGGAGGAGAAGCGAGUCAAACAGUUAUUCAUGAACCGAAAGAACGAUAUUUAUGGGAAUUCGGCCAUGGACGAGGAGGCCGACGAUGAAAUGCUCUUCUACAGUGGUUCCGCCAAGUACAUUCCUUGCGAUCCCACUAUGGAUGGCGGCUGCCCUGAGAAAGAAGUCUGCGUCGGUUUGCGAUCUGGAGAACGAAAGGGAAUCUGCAAGUGCGUACUUGGGUAUGCAAGGAAUCGUCUCAGGGAUUGUGUCAUCCGGGAUAUCGAUUUUGGAGGCGAUAAGUUGGUAGAGAAAAUCUUCCAAAGCGAAGGACCGAGGCAUAUUUCUUUGCUAGACUCGAUACCAGUGACGGAGAGACAGAUGGACGAAGGAGGCGCAGCGGCGGCUGCCAUUAAAGAGGAGCAACAAACUAAAAUUGCCGUCUCCGUCAUGUCCAAGGAAGUUCAACUGCCGGAAAAAGAGGUAACCCUGUCUGCUUACACUGUUCCCGAUGAACAAUCCAGUGGGGUGCCGUACAAAUACCUCUGGACUCUGAUAACCCAGCCGAAGGGACCCAUGAACGGGACCAUAUCUGAUCAAACGAAGUCAAAAGUGAAACUAUCGAAUCUCUCUGAAGGACUUUACACUUUCAAAGUGUCUGUCACGGGCAAUGGAACCUACGGCGAUGCCAUGGCUAAUGUGACGGUUUUCCCAGAGAAGCGCAUCAACCGUCUGCCACAGGUUGUGAUCUCCCCAGCCGAGCAGACAAUCAAGUGGCCAACCACCAAAGCGAUUCUGGAUGGCAGUGCGAGUACAGAUGAUGAUAAGAUCAUAGGUUGGCACUGGGAGCUGAAAUCUGGCCCAAUUGGUUACGAACCGAGCCUUCCCGAGAUCAACACUCUGCAGUUGAGCGAUUUGACAUCCCCCGGUAACUACACCUUUCAGCUAACCGUAACGGACUCGGAUAAGGCCAAAAAUUCAACCACAGCCAACAUCACGGUCCUCAAAGGAACCGACUAUCCUCCGGAAGCGAAUGCUGGCAGUGCUGUGAUGGUCUAUCUGCCCCAUAACAAUGUCACUCUCAAUGGAACCGCGAGUACCGACGACCGCGAAAUAGUCGCCUGGGAAUGGACGAAGGAUGCGAGUGACGAAAGCAAAGCCGUGGACAUGCAGAACACACGAACGCCCUACCUCCAGCUGUCGAAUUUGGAGGAGGGAAUGUACACAUUCGUGCUGAAAGUCACCGACGGCAGUAACCAAUCGAGCACGGCCAAAGUUCAUGUGUUCGUGAAGCCUCCAACCAAUUCUCCACCCGUCGCCGAGGCUGGAACCAACUCCACAACAAACUUACCAAAGAACUGGUCCGAGCUAAAUGGCUCCCAAUCCAAAGAUGACAUAAAAAUCACAAGCUAUCGUUGGAAGCAGGUUUCAGGGCCCAAAGAUGCCGUGAUUGUGAAUGGCAAUGAAUCCGUUGCCAAUGCCACGAGCCUCACCAUUGGACUUUAUGAAUUCCGAUUGACCGUUUCCGAUGAGAACAAUAAUACCGCCAGUGACAGCACAUGGGUGAAGGUGGUCCAGGAAAAGAAUAGCGCCCCAGUGGCCAACGCUGGAGGUGACCAGAGCGUCACUUUGCCAGUUUCGGUGAUUUACUUAAACGGUUCGAAGUCGUAUGACGACCUGAAUGUAGUGAACUACACCUGGACCAGGGACGACAUGAGUCUGGCAGCUGGAAACAUUGUGGGAAAUUCCAACCACGAGGCGGUUCUGAUGCUUACCGAUGUGGCACAUGGCAGGUAUGUCUUUAAAUUGACUGUGAACGACGAACAGGGACUGACUGGGAGCGACACAGUGAGUGUGAUCGUGCGGCCUGAUCCGAAAUUGCUGAAUCUUGUGGAACUUACGUUUUCCAUGGGCAUUUCGGUACUCACGCAGUCCGAGCUGGACUCAAUGGUGCAAAAGAUUGCACUGCUUUUGGGAAAUGUCAAGAUCUACGUUCGCAAGUUGAAAGUCGACUCCAGAUCGUACGAAGCAAUUUUGGUGUUCUAUGCCGAGGAGUUGCCGCCAGCUGGGACAACAGACGUCAAGUCGACGCCCAUUCCCGGCCUCAGGGUGGAACAAAUUUUGAAAGAAAAAAUCCUACGAGAUUCGUCUAUUUUGGGAGCGGCAUUUGCCGACGUUCGGACAACGGUUUGUCAGAACAAGUGCUCCGGGCAUGGCUCUUGCAACACGGUCACUCGUUCCUGUAUGUGCGAAACUUUCUGGAUGCCUUCUGUGUUCUAUUUCUGGGGUGUGGAUGAGGCCAAUUGCGAUUGGUCAAUCUUAUACGUUGUAGUCGCAGUCAUAGUCGGGUUUCUUCUGCUGUCUGGUUUGUUUUGGGGAAUAUCCUGCGCCUGCCGCACCACUUCCAAGAAACCAAGAUCACGCCCAAAAGUACAAAAAUACUCUCUGAUCGGAUCCCAAGAGGAGGAACUUCCCACAUCGUACAAUCGAGCGACAUCGCUAACCGACUCAGAGACCGAUUCUGAUGUUGUUUUUGAAACCCGUUCCAAGCCGAAUGGCAUCUUAAGGUCCAACGGGGGACCCAGAAACAAUAAUCAUGUUUCAAAAUAUGCCACAACCAAAAUUGGACGUAAAAUUAAGACAUAAUUUGUAUUGCAUCUACCUAAAACCAAAACAAACAAAAACAAAAACAAACUUAUUCAAUAUUAUUGAGAGAAGAGUGAGCGAGCGUUAGGCAUUCAAAAAUCCUGACACAUUCCAGUUUUCGAAACGAUGUUCCUUUGUAAAGAAUUUAUUUUUUAUUUCAAGUUUAUUUUAAAAUGUUUAUUUUUUGUGCGUGUGUACAUAUUUCGUGCGUCACAAUAUUUAGUAUUAUGAAUUUUUUAAAAUUUCAAUCAGGGAAAGCACAAAGUAUUUUAAUUUUUUGAAUAAUUUUUAAGUUUAUUUGCGUAUUUUUAAGUUUUUCAUGGUCGAGUUGAAAAGAAAUGAGUUUUUCAUUCAGACACCUCGGAAACAGAAUUUAAGUUCUUUAACAAUUGUGACCCACCCUACGAAGUAUAAAAAAAACUUUGUUUUACAUAAAUUUUAUCGUUUAAGAUUAAAACUUAAAUAUUCAGCUUAAAUAAUUCGUAAAACUUUUCCUAUUUUCGAAAUUUCGUUCAUUAUAUUCAUGCAGCUAUUUACGGAUUGUACUUAAAUUCUAUAAAUUUAAUUGUGUAGUUUUUUUGUAUUAUUUUCUUUUGUUUGCCAAAAAUAUAUUUUUAAAAUUAAGAAAAACAAUUACAGUGUAAUUCUCAAAUCUUUGCAUAAAAUUAAAAAUUAAUAAAGUAAAAUUAAAAUGAUUUUGUAGUACCUAAGCUUACGUAUACAUUCAUGAACUGUACAGAGAUAAAAAAGGAGAAGAAUUAAAACUUAUGUAUUAUUUAUUGACUUAAA